AGGGUCUGAAGCUUGGGGGUUUGGAUAGAGGGGCUUUGGAGGUAAGGAGGCAGCUAAGGGAAGCUGGGUUUGUGGGGUUGGCUGAGGCAGGGGAAGCUUUGGGGCUGCUGAAGGAACAGGGUUACAGCUGCUGAGCUGGGGCCAACCCUGGGUCUCCCCCAGCUUCUGCCUCUUCUGCCACCUACUCCUCUUUCCAGCAUCCCGCCUGACUGCAGUUCUCCCCAUGCCUUGGUCCAGCAGGGGCGCAGUGAGACGGGCUGCUUGGCUGGCUGGUUUUGAUGGGAUUUGAUUAUGACCCACUAGAGACCAAGCUAAGUCUGGACUGCUUGUUUUUCUGGUGACCUAGGAAAGAUUUGCAGUGUCAGAGAUGGAAAAGGUACAGUCCUACUUAACGAGGGAUGAAGAUGACUUGCUCUCUGACCUAAGCAGUGCGGACCUAGAGAUGUUACUGUCAUUCCUGGUAGGCAAGGUGCAUGAGAGCGAAGUGAAAGUGAGCACAGAGAAGGAUGAGAUCAUGAGACUUGAGACAGAAAUAGCACAAUACGCCACAGAAAGAGACAGCUGUCUACCUCUGGUGGCGCAGAUUGUGCAUUUGCAUCCACUACUGGAGGAGGAACACAAGACUCGAGAACAACUUCAGGCUGUUGCAUCUGAGCUGAAAAGACUGAAAAAGGAUAUUGCUCAAGAUACCAGUGAGCAGUCAGAUGCUACCACAUUGGAACAGUUGAUAGCGGAAUCAGAAACCAGGAUAGCCUCCCUUCAUCAGAAAGAGCGUAUGUUCAAAAGCGAGAAAGCUCAUCUGACUAAGGUACUGGAGUCCACCCAAAAAGCCCUUUCUGAGGCACAGACAGAAAGCCAUGCAGCUGAUCAGGAGCUGCUCUGCUUGCAGAAGGACUGUGCUGGGCAAGCUAAUGUGAAGUCUUUGGGGGAUACCGAAGCUGACAGACAGCUGGAUGCCUGCGUCAGACAGCUGGGAGUGUUAAACCUCCUCCCGAAGAAGAAGUGAAGGGCUGUGUCCAGCAGGGGGUGUUGGCCAGCAGGCCUGUACUUUAGAAUUCCACUUGCAGCAAGGCAAGUAGGUUUGUGGCUACUAGUACACGGAGCCCCUCUUGUGGGAGGCAGGGGAAGAGACAUCACCUUGCACAUAGAUGUAGUGGGAUAAAUAGCCUGACAGCUCUCCAGUUGGGUUCUUAUUCAGUCGACUCAUCUGCCAGCUGUCCAUUGGGAAAUAGCAAAAUAAUUUGAUGGGGGGGAGGGGAAGAACAAUCUUGUCUUGGAGCGGGGACCUGAAGCAAAAUCCGCUGUAUGAUGAAAUGUGUUACUCACCACAGUUCGGAUAUGCCUGGUUUUAUUUUCAUAGAUAUUGAGACUAGCCCAGUGGUUUGUCAUGGGUGACAGGGAUGCAGGGACUAAAGGAAAGGGAUGAUUUAAGAAGGCCCAUUUCAGCCAAACUCUCCUUGCAUCAGGCGUUUCCACGUCCGCUCACCCCGGUUUGUGUGGUGCCUCCUGCACAACAGUAUAGUUCCCUUUCCAACUGGUAGUCUAAUUUUCCUCUUUAGAUAGGGCAUAGCCAGUCUGCCAAAGCACUCCUGUUACUAUCUUGUUCCUCUUGGACCCAUUGCCAUUCAUUAUACUGGAGUGCCUUGAAGUUUCUCCAUAUUGAAAGUGGGGUACCGCCAGGAAAUCUGUGAAGAUUACUAGGUGUAUGUGAAGUAGAACUGGAGACAGACGCCACUUGCUGAUCUGGAAGCUGACCAGGGACUAUGUACAAAAUUGUGGCUAGCGGUAAUUCUGCAGUGCGGCCAAAAGCUCUGAGCAGACAUGUUUUUGCAUAACUUCAAAUUAAAGACAACUUUCUUACAUAA